UUGUGCAGUGUGAGCAAUGAGGUGGGGUCCAGGACUGAUCCCCAAGGUCACCCCGAAGCUGCUGGGGGUGAUGCUUGGGAAAAUGGGGAAUUCAUGUGUAUCAGGAACAGGGCUGAUUCAUCGGCUUUCUCAUCGCACCCGCUUGGAAAAUAAAAGGAGCCAGCAAUAGGGGUGAUGAAAUGUAGAGCUGAAUGAAGGGAGGAUGAAAGCAGAGCCUGAGCUGGGGAAAGCAUAAGGGCUGGGCAGGAUGGAGGGAGGGCGGCAGUGCAGUGUGUGAUGGAAGAGCAGCAGAUAGCUCCUCCAUUGCACUGAGAUGGGUGAAAGCAGGAGCUGGAGAGGGCCCAUGUGCUUGGCUGGCUGUGGUAUAUCUAGGAGGCUGUGCAGGAUUGGGCUUAGCAAUGAUGAGUGCAGAAAGCGUGCUUUGCAGUGACAGGCAGUACAACAGGGAGGCAGCUCAUCCAUUGCUGCAGCCAGGAGAUGGCAGCUGGCCAGGAUGCAGAGCAGUGGGAAUUCACCCAGUGAGACAGCACCGGGCAUCACUGCUAUGGGAAACAGCAAGGGGAUAGCAGGGGGAAAACUCAACCACUGGCACCAGGAAGGUCUGAGGAAGCCGGGAGCUUCCCAGCGUGCAGUGAGUAAUGGUGACAGUAAGCAGCAUUGCAUCACAGCACCCGGCUCAGCUCCCACCCAGCACAAGCAGCAGGGAGCCGGCGCUUCACAAGGAGGGAUUUUCCCAGCGGCUUGGAGGAUGACACGCGCUGUGCCUGGCCCCUCUGCCAACCUUCUUUCCAUUCAACCUGCCGUUGAGGCAAGGUUCUUGUAACGUCCCCAGCUCUUGUCCAAAUCUCCCAGAAUCCCAUUUUGGAGGCUGCUCGGCUGCACCCCAGCCCAGCACUGCUGAGAUGUAUGCUGGCGCGUGUGCCUGCUGCCCCUUGCCACGUGCCACCCUGGCAGCGGCUGCCAGCACCGCAGGCAUCUUAAUGAGAGCUGGGCAGAGCCUCUCUCAGCCUCCUCUUGGGAGGUUUGGGAGGGGUUAGGGGUCUUCAGCACAGUGUGGCAGCAUCUCAGCGCUUACUGGGCUGUUAGCUGGUAGGCACUGAGGCUGUGCCAGACUGCUGCAAAAGCUCUGGCACCUGCUCGGAAACCCCCAGCAGCUUCUUAAUGUUUGCUAUAGGUACAGUGAGGGUAGGCUGUAAAGCACCUCUUUAACACCUGCUGUGGCUCUCCUGUCUGCUCCUGGUCUUGGGGCUUGCAGCUCUGGCUGGCUGCUGUAGAACAGUAACACAGUGCAGGAACAUAUCGUUUCUUCCCUAUCUCCUUCUGGGCAGGCUGUUGUGUUUUUGCCAGAGUUGGGGACAACGUCCAAGGCUGGAAAACAGAUGAGGUGUUGCCGGUGUCCAUGCCACGAGCUGCAUUUCCAAAUGCUGGUGAUAGGAGAAUGGCUGGAUUGGAUAAUUGGAUAAUAAGAUCUUCUUAGAGGUCUUUUCCAACCUUGUUGAUUCUAUGAUAAAGUGACAAUGGAGAGGUCCCUGGUGCCUCUCUCACCCUCUGGUAUUAUCCAUGUUCCUGGCACCAACACAGGAGCUCUUUGUUCCCAACAAAUCCACCUUCACUUGAAAGCUCUUUGAUGCACGGCAGGGAGAGCCUAGUGAAGAUGAAGGUGGACGUGGGAUAGCAGUGUGGGACUUUUCCCCUCCUCUGCUGGCCACCAGAUACUACCCCAUCUCCGGGGCCAUUCAGCAAGGCUGCAAGUGAUAAUGCCCAGGAUUAUUUCUCUGGCGAUAUUGCUGAAUGAGCCUCCAACAUUUAGGGGUUGUUUUCACACUCUGUUUUCACUCUCCCCUGGUGCUGCCUCAUGGCUUCCUUCUUUGCCAAAAGCCCCUCACCAGCAAGCCAGGCCACGGGGAAACAUUGAUAAGACCCAUAAGCACCCACAUACAUCAGAUAGAACUCUUUCCUGACCCUAAUUCUCCAUGUACCCAGAGGAAGGAAGACCACCAGGCUCCUCUGCUCUCUGAACAAAGGCUGGGGUAUGUGGCCUGGGGUGCAAAGGGGAAAACCCAGGUAUUGGUGGGAACACUGCCAGGGACACUCACCGCCUUUGGGAUUGUUUGGAAGAGCUGCUUUGCUUUCUAAAAAUGCAAGGCAUGCUGGAGCAGCCGGCACAGGCGGGGUGAGUACUGCCGCGGGGUUGGACCAGCAGUGGGUACCCAUCUCUAGGGUUUCCCCUGAGCAGCUGUGAGAGGAGUGGAGAGCGUGGGGGAAAUGAGGACAGGAGGGAUGGAAGCGCAGCUGAAAGAGAUUUGCUUGGGGCCAACGAGUGGCCUAUGCUCCCACUGCUGCUUCUCAUGCAAGGGAGGCCAAGGGGGGAAAAGGCAAUGCCGGCGUGUCCCAGCCUGUUGUAACGAUGAGGUCACCACAUGCUCAUGGCUUUUGAAGAGGGAUCUGAAGCUGGAGGCAGCCUCGGGCGGCUCUUGAUGGUUAGGAGCAAGAGUGAGAGGCUGGGGAACAGAGCACUGCUCUCUCAUGCUGUACGUGUGCCCCGCUCCUCACAAACACACCGAGUUUCUCUGAAAACCCCCCACAUCAUUGUGCACGAGUCAAAUCUGUGUCCUGUUACACCCUCCACGCUUGCAGAAGGCACGCUUUCUUCACCAUGCAAACCUUUCUCCCCCAGCUUCUCCCCACGUGUGCCUGCAGCUCAAGUGGGGCAGCGACACGUGUGCAGGGUGCUAAUUUACACUCCUUGGCAAUGGGGACAUGGCACCAGGGUGAGUGGUAACUAGAGCUGCACUGCACCUGUGCUGGGCCUCCUUCUUUCGCUGUGAUUUAAUGUCCCAGUUGAGAGGUGAUGUCAUUUCAGAGGGAGCCAGAGAAGAGGAAGUGCUAGAGAAGAUGAUAAGGUGCUUUAACUCUUUGCCUCCUGACUCAGCCAAGUUUUAAAGCUGAGCCUUUUGUUAGCCACCAGCCAGGGAAAUGUAAGAGAGAGGAGGAAGGAUGGCUGGAGGAUGUCUUCUGGGAUUGAUGCAGGAGCUGCUCCCCUGGAGGAGGCUGUAACUUACAAGAUGCAAGGAGAUGGUGAUGGAGGAUGGUGUGAGAGUGAUUUUGUGCCCUGCUCUGGAUUCCAGGAGUUUGCUUCAGAGGAAUCAGCAGAACUGCCACAAAAUCCUAGAGAAGGUAUACUGAGCAUGCCAAGCCUGCUCUCAUGCCAAGAGAAGAGGCUGAGUGGAGCAGUCAUUAGUGAGGGCUCGUUAAAAGGACUCAUUCCACUGCAGAGAUAGGCAGUAGUGUUGAAUCCUGUGGUGCUGGAUCCAAGAUAGGAACUUUCAAAAGGAGGAAGUACACAGAUCUCAUUCAAACCCCAGAGUCUUUACUGCCCUUUGGGCGAUGUGCUCAUUUUUUAUGAUUGGGAAGACCUCGGAGAAUGUUGGUUGGGUUGAUAUAACCCAAGGUGCCCCCUAUUACAAAGAUGUACUGCUCAGCUGUCUUCUUCUGGAAGGGAAUGAGGUCAGGCCACCAUCUUACUGUACCCUAAGGAAUAGGAUCACUGUGCAAGAGUAGUCAUCGUAGUCUUCCAGUGUUGGCAAAUAAGUGUUCCGUGUUUCCUUUUCCACAUUCUGCAUUUGGAUGUGUUGUGACUCGGCACACAACGGUAGAGGUAGAGGCUGCAAGCUCAGAUCCCAUUUCAAGCUACACCAUUAACUGUCGCUGAGUCUUUUAUACUACAGAGCACGACUCCACAAAUCGAGAUAACCAGUGCCCUUAUGUGACCAUGCAUGAUGUGCAGCAGUGCUUUGUGUUGCUACAGCAAUGCUCACUGCUCUGCCAAAGCCUCUAUUCCUGCCGCAUGAGCGGGAAAUUGGCUUUGGGGCAGGUUUGUUCCCAUUUAGACCAUGCAUUUGAUAGUGCCAGACACCAUACCAUUGUCAGAUGCCACCUAUUGCAACUCCGCCUGGGCAUUUUCUCUUGAUAGUGGGCUUUGAUAUGCUGAGAUGGUAUGAAUAGCUUGUUGUGGAACACUGGGCACUGCUUGCUGUCAUGUUCACCCAGAUCAGACUGUGAAAAAUGGUGAGGAAAUCUGUUCAAGAUAAAUUAAAUUUCUCCCCUUCUGGCAAAAUGUACACUGCAGCCCCCUCUCCAAUUUUGCAGGCUCCCUUUUCUAAUAAGUGCCACCGUGCAAACCGGGCCAGCCUUUGGCUAUUAGAAAGGCAGGAAAUCUGUGCACAGUAUCACUGCCAGACUGUGAGUCAGCUGAAGUGCAAUGGCCUACAGGUAGCCAUGUGGUACUCUGGUCAGAAAUCCCAGGCUUGGGCUUGUUCAGCAAUAGCCCAUCAAGUCAUCCUGCCCUGGUGUUUUUUACUAUCAAAAAGUGACCCUAGUUAUCCCCAGAGGGUAAGCAGGUUCCUGUCAUUUGUCUGGAUGAAUUUGUGAAAGGCAGGAGGCAAUGCAAGGCCGUUUCAAGUUGCACCAGAGGAGGUUUAGAUUGAACCUUAGGAGAAAUGGAGAUGAUCCAGCAUUGGGAUGGGCUGCCCAGGGAAGUGGUGCAAUUCUCAUCCCUGAGAGGUACUGAAAAGAUGUGUGGAUGUAGUGCUAAGUUUAGUGAUGUAACUUGGUAAGUCAGAUUAAUGGCUGGGCUUAAUGGUCUUGAAGGUCUUUUCCAAACCUAGAUGAUUGUAUGAUUCUAAGUUACCUCACAUGUGCAUUAACAUCCAGCUGCAGCAGGAAGAAGAAGAGCUGGCUCUUCUGUGUGUGUGUGGCACAGUCAUCGCAAUGUGUCUGCACUGGUUAACAUUGGUUGUUGGAUUUUUGUUCUGCAAAGCUCUGCACUCAUCAUGGGCAAUUAUCACCAUUUCAUCCCCAGCCCUCCAGGUGACAAGUACUGCUGGUCCCAGACUUACUGCUGUGAGCUCAAUGCCCCUGUUUUCUCUGCAGGAGGCUUUGCCACCUUCUCAUCCUGUUUCCCGGGGCUCUGUGAGGGGAAGCCAGCUGCCAUCCUGCCGAUGAGUAUCUCCCAGCCCUGCUUGCCUGUGGCCAACGUCGGCCCCACACGCAUCCUGCCGCAUCUCUACCUGGGUUCCCAGAAGGAUGUCCUGAACAAGGACUUGAUGACGCAGAAUGGGAUAAGCUAUGUCCUCAAUGCCAGCAACUCCUGUCCCAAGCCAGACUUCAUCUGUGAUAGUCACUUCAUGCGCAUUCCUGUCAAUGACAACUACUGUGAGAAGCUGCUUCCCUGGUUGGAUAAAUCCAUUGAAUUUAUUGACAAGGCCAAGGUGUCCAGUUGCCAAGUGAUUGUGCACUGCUUGGCAGGGAUAUCCCGGUCAGCCACCAUCGCUAUCGCCUACAUCAUGAAGACCAUGGGUAUGUCAUCCGACGAUGCUUACAGGUUUGUUAAGGACCGCCGCCCAUCGAUCUCACCCAACUUCAACUUCUUGGGCCAGCUCCUGGAGUACGAGAGGAGCCUAAAGCUCCUUAAGGCCCUGAAGGCCCAGGGCGACCGGGGUGAGGGAGAAGCUCCUCAGGACCCAACCGAGGCAUCUGAGGCUGGCAGGCACCCCACACUGUCUACCUCAGAAAAGGUUGAGGACGUACCAAGAAGCACAACCUCUGCACCCCCACCCAGUGACCCUGAAAGGCAAAGUGGGCCGCCCAAGGUCUUGUCACCCACGGCACUGCAGCAGGGACUCAAUGGCUUGCACCUUUCCUCGGAGCGCAUUCAGGAUACCAACCGCUUGAAACGCUCCUUCUCCCUGGACAUCAAAUCUGCCUACUCCCCCGGCCUGCGGCAGGACCCCCCAGGCCUUCCCAGCACUGGGGAGGCCCCCAAGCUCUGCAAGUUGGACAGCCCCUCGGCAACCAGCGGCCAGUUCUCCCCAGUGCCCGACAGCCCCGACUGGCCCAGUGGGCCAGACCUCCUGCUGGAAGCCAAGGUGAGGCAGCGACGCAAGCACCGGCACCAAGCCGGCUCACCAGCCCACGGCCUCAGCCUCAACAUCGGCUCUGCCCGCAAGAGCCCUGGGGCGGACGACAGCCUCCAGCCAAGGCUCAGCCUGCCUGGCCCACCGCAGGCCUCCAAUGGCUCCUGGGGGAGCGUCCACCUCGAUUCCCCCAGCACCCCCUCCUCUGAGGGAGGAUGGUACUUCAGCACGGACUCAGCCAGUAGCGGUGGCGGUGGCACCGGCGGUGGGACGCUGUUCAGCGGCACCAGCCCGUACCCCCCAUUUGGUUGCAAUGGGAUGCCAGGGGGCUGCGAGAUCAGACUGAGGGACAAGCAGCGGGCUGAGGCGCGGGAUGGGAGGCACAGCUGGCAUGAGGAAGCUGGCGCCGAGAAGCAGUUCAAGAGGAGGAGUUGCCAGAUGGAGUUCGAGGAGACCAUGUCCGAGGGCAGGUCCCGGGAGGAGCUGGGCAAAAUAGGCAAACAGUCGAGCUUUUCAGGCAGCAUGGAGAUCAUCGAGGUGUCCUGACAUCCAUCGUGGGUGGUUAGAGAGAAAGGGGUGGGGGGAUAUUUAAGAUGGGGAGAGAUGCAGGGAGGGCGGGUGGGGAGUAUUUAUACCCGCGUGCACAUUUUUGGAAGCACGCACAUCAAAAUGAAAGCAAAGAGGAAUGAAUCCAGAGUCAGGAAACAUCACGGUGAAUGCUUAGUGUCCCUCCCUAUGCCCACCCUGGUUCUCCCACCCUAGCAGCCUCCAGCUCGCGGUGACAUCACCCUGGGCUUUUGCACAUGGAGCAGUGAUGGGAGAGCAGCCCUCAGAGCCACGUAUUUGAAUCUGGGGUGUAAAAUUUGAAAGGGAAGGUGCAGGAAUUACCAUUUGGGGUUGGGAGGAUGAGCAGAGCCUGUUCUUGGCUGGGGCAGGACGUAGUCCCAUGAGGACAGAGCACAGCAUCACUCUGUCGAAGUGGGGAGGAGGCAACCCAGCUAUCCCUCCCCACACUCCAGUGCACUAAGCAUGUGCCCCCGUGUUUCUCUGGCUGAGUAUCCUAAAGAUGCUGCACUAGAGCAGCCCUAUACAUAUAUAAAUAUAUAUUAUAUAUAAUAUAAAGAAAACACACACACACAAAGGAAAAAAGGUAAAUGGUUUUACUGCGAUUUUUAUUGAGACGUAAAUAAUAUUUCAAUUUUUUUUGUUUUGUUUUUAAUUUAUUGAAGCUGUUUCAUUCUGGCAAUGAUUUGCAGACAAUGUGGGGCGGUACUUUCAGCUCUAUUUUUACUGUGUAUGGUAUUUAAAUCUGAAAUACGAGUUUCUAAGCAAUAUCUGAGGCCUGUGGCUCCUUCUAUAGAUCAUGUCGACGACAAAGAUUUUCCCCCAUUCCCUCUGAGUGCAGCAAAAAGGGGACAGAAAACUCUUUGGAGCACCUUUUCUAGAAACAAACAAGUGAACAAGGAAGUCAUAAAAUCUUAAAACACAAACUGAGCCAGAAACUCCCUUUCUGGAAGCUGCUGCCGCUUCUUCGCUCCCUUGGUCCCUAUUUUCUUCCCCUACCCCAUCACAGCCAUCAUUCCCAUCCUGGCCAUUAUCAUCCCCUUCCCUCCCUCGUGCUGCCCUUUCUGGCUGGAGACAGAGAGGAGCAAGUCACUGAGAUGGAGGGAAGGGCACUGGGCAUCCCCAGGGAUACGCAUGGAAGGAGAAGGCAUCCAAUGCCACAGCAGCGUUAGAAGGGAAGGUUGGUGGCAGUUGGGAUUUCAUCUAAGGGGUGUCUUGCCUGUCCCUCCCAGUCCCAAAACUCUUGGGCUGAGUUCUUCUAGGGAAACGUGUUUGCAGAUCCCUCCUUGCUUCCUGGCUGCCCUCACCAGUAGGGAGCCAAGACCUUGCAACCCAACGCCCAAAUUCAGGCUUACUGAGAAACUGCUUCCUGGAGCUGUAGGCACUGAGCUGCCUCUGCUGCAAAGCACAUCUCUCCCUGUGGCUGUCUUUACUUUCCCCCUCAUCUUGCGCUAGCUUGCAAAGCUAAUACCUCAGGGGUCUCCGUUCGUGCGUGUCUAUGUCCUGUGUCAUCCUUUGAGCAUUCUCCAUUUCUGGAUCCAUUCCUUUUUUCUCCCUUAGCUUUGUACCUCUUUUUGUUGUUCGUUUCUAUCGCUAAAUCAACUUACACAUGACAAAAAUAAACGAUCUCAGGUUAAACAGUGAACACAGCCCAGAGGCAUAAGGAGCUGUGAUAGAGCAAGGAGGAGCAGCUUGCUGUUCCCUGACCUCCUCUGCCUCCAUCUGGGUGCCCGGAGCUGAGACAAACCUGUCUAGAGGUUCAUUGCUGUCUUCAACAUGGCUUUGUUCUUGCUGUUUUACAAGGAGGCCAUGCUGGGGAGAUCCCACGUGCCCUCACUUGGUUCCCCAAGGUCCCUUGAGAGCAUACCACCAUCCAUCACUGCCUUCAGCAAACUCCUCAAGCCAGCUCAGUCAUGCUGACCCAAACCUUGGAGAAGGUAAAAAGAACAUUCCUUCUCCUGGCCUUGCAGCUGCAAGCUAACCCUAUGGUUUGAGAGGUGGUGAUGCUAGUAAAGCUGUGCCAGGGCUUUUCAGCCUUUGCUUCCUCAGCUUUCAGCAAUUUACACCCCUUUAGUUAUUGCCUGCUCUGCCAACCUCAUUUAAUGACAACCUCAUUUACAUCUUUCUGCCUGUGAUUUUUGCUGUGCUUUCAUUGAAACUUGAGAAAUUUGCCUCUCCUGGCCACAAAAGGAAGAUGAAAUCAUUCUCUACCCAUCACCUCCAUCUCAAAAGCUAGGCAGCUCUUCAGGAGUUGCACUCACUGUAGGGCCUCCCUGCUGGGCAUUAAUUUACAGAAAGAGGAUGACAGGUUGGCAUGGUGAGGCAGUAGCAAGCACUCACAUAACUCAUCCCAUUAGCUGGCGUGGUGUGUUACAAACACACAAAAAAAGCAGCUGGAGUAUGUCAGGAAGGAAAGGGUGAGUGUUGUAGACAAGACUCUGAAUGUCUGCAGAGGCGGAUGCAUGGUUCGCAUUUUGUCAUCUCUCUGUCAUGCCCCGGAAUGCUCCUCAGCUGUGCUCGAGGUGUUAGGCACUAUGGGCUCCUCUCUUCUCUGAAACUAGAGCAAAAAGAAACCUUUUAGGAUUCGUAGAUAGAUCAUAGCUACCAAGACAUUCAUCACCUCUGCAGUCUUCUUCUGAAGUCCUUCAUGUUCAUCCUUCCCCUUUAUGCUGGGUGUGUGCAUUAGAAGCCCUCUUGUGCAAAGUUUUAAGGCAACAUCCAGAAAACACCUUGUAUUGCAGCAGCCCUGCCUGAACUGGGGCUAACUGCCAGUGCUAAACCUGAACCAUGAGGGUCACCAAGAGGCUUGCAAUUAAUGUCAGUGAUUUUUCCAAUCUGCCUGAUGGACAACUUUGUCCACGAAUCAAAGAGUUCUCAUGAGGGUGGAUGUGUUGGCUUGUAGUCCUCCCCAUCAUCUUCUGACCAAGACGUUUUAUGGGCUCUUGCAACCAGACUACUCAAUCCAAGUUUCACUGGGACCCAAAUGGUGUCCACCCUCAUCUGAUGAGGGUGGUUUUCCUGUAGUGGCAGAAGUGAGAGCAGUGGAGAGAAAAGGUCUCUCCUUCUAAGGGAGGAACCAUCAAAGCUGGUUAGACACUGCAGCUGCCACAUGCCCUGUGGUCCACGACACCCCACUGUGUCCACACCUGCAUCAUCCCUGAUGCAGCGCUGGUGGUGUUGGGGCUUUUGACCAUAUGAAGGAUGGACCAAACCACAGCUUUCCUUCUGGCUAGAAGGAACAUCACUCCAGCCCCCUGACUGUCUCCAGGCAUGAGCCCCUCAGCUGGAUCCUUCCCAUCCACAUUUUGGGGCUGAGCAAACCUGGAGGGAGGGCAGUGAUCAGGUUGGCAACACUAAGCCGGAGGCUUGGGUCGGAGCAGGCUCGUCCCCAGCCUCUGUGGCAGCAUCCCCAGCCCCUGCUGCCUUCCCAGCCCUUCUCUUUGUUUGUUUCUUUGGACAUUUGUCCCUGUUUCGUCUGCCUCUUAGGAGACUGUGCCCCACAGAACCCCCUCCCACUGUCCUGUUCCCCCUACCAUUCUUAAUACUAAUGAUAAUAAGCUAUCAGUGUUGUCAUUGCAAUCUAUGAAUGAUAGAUUUAAGUAUUUAUGAUUAUUAUUAUGAUUAUUAUGGUUAUGAUUAUGUACUUUUUUGCUUCUUACUCCUUGUAUGUUGCUCCUUGUUUCUUUGUUGUGAAUAAACACAAGGCCCCAUCACACCUUCUCUCUGCUCCCAAGCCAGAGGAGACAAACAGCCCUAACAGACCCUUGUCUGAGGGUUUGGAGGGUGGUGCUUUCCAAGGACAUAAACAAACCAAACCUGGGGCAGACCCAUUCUCUUUAACUCUUCCCUUCCUUCCUGCAGCUCCUCUCCCCCAUACUGCCACCUGUUUACAAGAGGCAGGAACCCACCAGCACCAGGAAUGGAGAAUAAAAUGGCAAAGCAUAAAGCCUAAAGUGUUAACCACAAUGAGUGUUGGCCAGGCACCCUGCUCACAGAGGCAGCUCCCUCCAGGUCAUGACCCUCUCACCUUCUGCUGGUUGCACCUUGAGGCUGCAGCUCCACCCAGAUGGGCUUGGAUUCCACUGCUGCUUCUGGUUCACAAAUCCCCUUCUCACCCCACUCAGCCAAGCCCACCCACUGGUGUUUCAUCCCAGAAAGAUGUCAUGGGUUCUCCUGGUGUGAGUGUCCUCAUGGUGCCAGUGCCUCUGUCUGUUUGAGGCUGAUAAAGCAGGAUGCCAUUAAUCAGGCAGAGCUCUGACCUUGUUUUAUGUACCCAUCACAUAGGCUGUUUACGCAGCCCAGAGGUUUUCAGGUGGCUGUAAGGGGAAUAUUUUGCUAGGAGGAGACAUUAGGGAAAGGGAAGAGGAGCCCCAUCUGCACCAUGGUUUGAAAUACUCUCUGUACCGUGAGCCCCAUGAAACGUCAUCUUGAUCUGGGGAUUUUAACAAUGCCCUUCCCCACGCAGUCCUGACACAAUCUGUUCUGUCACUACUUUGCCUCCUCAUGGGUUGGGCUCGUUCCCAUCACCCUGUGCUGAACUCAUUCCCGAGGCUGCUCCAGGACCAGAGCUCAGGUCUCAGCUGCAGAGAGCCCCUGCAGAGCCCGGGGUCCCACUCUGGCAUCACCCUUCCUACCUCACCUGUGCUUGGAUGGGGUGGGAGCGGGCAGGGCCCCUCGCACUGCAGCUCAGCUCCCGCCAGCAUCCCCACAGGAUCCAGCCCCUCCUCUGAGAGCACAACACAUGGAAGGGGUCUGCAUCCACUGCAGACACCGUGCAGGUCCUGAGCAGGGAAGAUGCUCUGGCUGCCGAUCCCACCAUAUUCCCCCUGUUGCUGCGGGUGGGACUGAACACGGCUCGUUUCGCCCGCUCGGACUCAGAGAGACAUCCUGCCUCUGCCCCGUCUUUAUUUUAUUUAUUACCAGAGGCUGUAAGCAGCAGUGCUUCUCUAUCCCCUCUUUCUUUUCCUUUCUUUUGUAUUUUGAAACGAUGUGUUGUAAUAAAUACCCAAAUAGGUGUUUUAA